AUGGAUCCAUUUUUACAUGCAUUUUUUGCAGUUGAUCUUGAUCAUGAUGAAAAAAUCAGUAUGAAGGAUUUAAAGAAUUAUGUUGAAACAUACAAUCUAGACGAGAAAAUGAUUGAAAGCUGGAGAAAAUUAUUUGAUCCAAAUCGUACUGGCUAUAUAACACUAGCAAAGUUUUGCGAUGUACUAGGAGUAAAAAUGGAAGAAGCUCGAAAGGUUAGGGAAGAAAUUAAAAGACGUUCAACCAAUAUACUUCCAUCUGAUGUCUAUGUUAUUGCACAACAAAUGAGUAUCACCGAUCAGAUACAAAUAAGUGAUCAAGCUAGACGUUUAUUAUUUCCACCUAAUGAACUUGAUAAUAAAGAAAUUGCUCAUAGUUUGAAAUUAUGGCUACAUAAAGUGUAUGGUCCAAUAUGGCAUGUUGUGGUAAUACGUGGAGAUUAUGGUGCAUCAUAUACACAUUCAGAGAAUCGAUCAUUUCAAUUUCGACUACGAAACAAAUGCUUUUUAAUAUGGAAUACACCUGAUCAAUAGCAACUGAGUUAAACAGUUUUUUCGAUUAUAUUUUUAAUAAUAAGGAAUUAAUUGACGAAAAAUUUCUUUGUACUUGUUUUUUUCCUUAAAUUGAGAUUUUAUUUGUACCGGUUUGCUGUUCUUCUUAUAUUGACAAAUUCAUUGUCUUUAAUAAAGACAGUAACAGUUUUUUUUGCAUAACUUUGAUUAGUUCAGAACUAUGAAUACUUGGCUUUUGACAGUUUAAAGCAUUGACAGAUAAAAUCAAUCUUUAUAAUAAAUUUAAAUAGACAGAUUAAGUUUUCCAUGGUCACAUGGAUUGGAUUUAAUGAAAUUCCACAUAGAUAUUAACGUUUAAUAAUAGCUAAACAAUGGGAAUUUAUUCAAGCUGAUUUAAUAAUAAUUUUAAAAAAUUCAUUCAUUUUUUUUGUAAUAAACGUAACGGUACAAUAAUAGUCAAAAUAUCUAUUUGACAUGGUAAUCGGUAGUUCUUAACUUUUAUGGAAACUUUACUUAUAUGUGUAAGUUUGAUAUACUUGAAUGCUAUAACGAGUUCACCUUACUUGGUAAGCGGAACGAAAGUCAAAAUACAGUGACACGAUAGGCUAUUGUAAUCGACUCUCCCCAGCCCUGCUAACUAGAUCAAAAAGUCUUGAUGAGGCGUAGAGAAUGUAUUCUACAAGCACCCAGAAAAUACGAGGUCGCUAAGCACACAAAUCAAACUUAUUUAUACAAUGAUAGAAACAACCUUGGGAGAGCCACAAAAUAGCGUACUAAAGAAAUCCGUCAACCAAUGACAGUCAAGGAUUUCCGAGUGGAAAGUGUAAGCUGUAGGUCAACUAAGCGUCUCUUGGCGCAAAAACAUAAAAUUCAAAUUUUCAGGAUAAAAUUGCAAAAUUAAGACCUUUUUCAAGUGUUUUCUGGGGACCUAACAACCUCAACAAAGGUACUUUGUAAGAUUUCCACAAAUUUCUACAGAAUUUCCAACUUGAAAUCAGUAGGGAUAACUGGUCUUUCACAUCCAUAUUAUUCGCAUUAGCAUGAGUAAAAUAUUCCAUGGUCAUG